GGACGCCUACGUAAAGCUCAACUUUUGUUGGUGUGCGUGGUGUUUCAUUGGGCGGAGCCAGCCCCCGAAGCUGAAGGGGGUGAGGUCCCGGACGAUGAGGUGGAACUGUUGAUCGUGCAAGCUUGACGAACGAGUAUGGAGGGAGAAUUGUUGGGGAUAGUAUUUGGCAAGGUGGAGGAAGGACAUCUCGAAGCAAUCACGGACGAGUUGCUGGUGUUUUUGGCGCAACUGGUGGACGAUUUACCUCUCGACAUCCUAUUGAGGUGUGAUGGGAAGUCGGGGAGCGACGUGCUCGCUCGCGCGCUUGCGCCACAUCUUCUGUGGUCCACGUGUACGGAGCUGGACGGGGAUAACUGCUUUUACCCGUACCCGAGCCUCUACCUCGAGAUUGACGUCACUGACCUCACACUGUGGGACCCUUUUAUCCGACGGGAAAACGUGUUAGGAGCCAGUGAUGAAGAAGAGGAAGAAGAAGAAGAAAAAGAGGAAGAAGAAGAAGAAGAAGAAGAAGAGGAGUCAGAGGAAGAAGAAUCGGGCACCGACCGAGACGAUCCCGACUACAUCGGGUUUGAGGAGGAGGAAGAGGAAAGAGGAACGGGAGAGCCGAGGAGCCGUCCCCUCGAAGCAAAAAGGAAGAGGAAGCUGAAGCGCAACGGAGGCGGGAGAAAACGGAGGGCAAACGACCUGUCGACGAGUCUGAAUGGCCGCCACCACAGUUACUGCUGGGCGAUCCGUCGAUGAAUCCGGGGCCACCGCACGAAGAAUCCGAUGGAACCACAACGGAGAGAUCAGGAAGCCGACGCCGCCGAAGGAGU